GACCGAUCGGUGUAUGACAUCACGUACCGCGAGAGGUGUGUUUUCGAUUCGCUCUCGCGGUAUUUUGAUAUCAUAAGCCGGUCGGUGUGCGCAGCGCUACAUGCAGUCGAACACACCACAAGACUUUAUCGUGUACGCGAGGACUAUAAAACUCUCCGUAGAUAUGUAACGGGACACUCACAUGAGAUGUGUUGUGUGAUGUCACAGGAAACCCCCCCCCACACACACACGCGCACACCGCUCUGCUAGGGGCCCCAGCAGCUCAUCCUACAACACAUCUCUCAGUAUACACUACACUUUACACAGCGGAGAACCGAGCAAACGAGGUGAAACAUUCAUUUUAUUUGGAUAUGAAAAGACCAAGAAAAGGAACCAUGUUUAGAUGUUGGAUUACCUCGUUUUUCUUACUGUCCACCACCUCUGAGUUUGUGGUGGUCCUCUCAGAGAAUAGCACUGAAGGUACGGCGCAAAAGGCCCAUCAUGAUAUAGAUUUUACUCGUCACAAUAUUUUGACUGCUCAGUUUGAAUGUUACCAGAGGAUUAUGAAAGACACCAAUCACAACAGAACAGAUGGUUCCAUGUGUAAACGGACCUGGGAUGGGUGGAUGUGUUGGGAAGAAAUAGAACGAGGGUAUACAUCAGCCCAGCACUGUCCAGACUAUUAUGAUAACUUUGACACCUCAGAAAUGGCAACAAAGAUUUGCACCAAUUCAAGUAAAUGGUUUGUUCACCCGGAUAGUAACAGGACAUGGACAAAUUAUACGGGAUGUACAAAAAUAUCUAAUGAUCACAAGAAGACAACAAUUAAUCUCUACUACUUGGCUAUGAUCGGUCAUGGAUUGUCCCUGAUAUCUUUGUUCAUUUCUCUCGGGAUAUUUUUCUAUUUUAAAAGCUUAAGUUGCCAAAGGAUAACUCUCCAUAAGAAUCUCUUCUUUUCCUUUGUGCUGAACUCCAUAAUAACUAUCGUCUAUCUGUCGUGUGUUGCCAACAACCAAGAAGUAUCAAAAGCAAACCCAGUCAGCUGUAAGGUGUCUGUGUUCAUCCAUCAUUAUCUUCUGGGCUGUAACUACUUCUGGAUGUUGUGUGAAGGCAUUUACCUGCACACACUCAUUGUAGUGGCAGUCUUUGCUGAGAAACAGCAUCUCAUGUGGUAUUACCUUUUAGGAUGGGGUUUCCCAUUAAUACCAGCAUUUAUUCAUGCAAUAGCCAGGAGUUAUUACUACAAUGACAACUGUUGGAUAAGUUCAAACACGGCUCUGCUCUACAUUAUCCACGGGCCCAUUUGUGCAGCACUGUUGAUCAAUCUCUUCUUCCUUUUAAACAUUGUGAGAGUGCUGAUCACCAAGCUGAAGGUGACCCAUCAGGCAGAAUCCAGUCUGUACAUGAGGGCUGUGAGGGCCACCCUCAUCCUGGUACCUCUGCUGGGCAUUCAGCAUUUACUUCUGCCAUACAAACCCGAAGGACGGCUUGCCUAUGAGAUAUUUAUGCACACGAUAAACAUACUGAUGCAUUACCAGGGCCUCUUGGUAGCCACUAUAUUUUGCUUUUUUAAUAGUGAGGUGCAAAGUGUGUUAAGAAGGCAUUGGAACCAGUACAGAAUCCAGUUUGGCAGCACUUUUGCGAACACGGAUGCGUUGCGUUCUGCAUCCUACACCGCUUCCUCCAUGACGGAAGUUCAUCGUUGUUACAGCAUUGACAGCCACAUGGACACGCUGAACGGCAAGAGCUUUCACAAUCUGGAGACCACCAUUCUCAGAUCAGACAACCUGUACAUGUGAGAGACCUUAUGGAUGAGGACAACCGACAUGUGUACUGAAUGGAGCUUAAGCCUACUAGAAAUACAUCUGAAUUUCUGCCGUCUACAUGGACAUUGAGGAGCAUUACACUCAUUCCUGAUAUUAAACAGCUCCUUUUACGGAUGGGAUUAUCAGUUUAUGUUUUUCACUGGAGAAAGUACUGUUUUUCUAAGGAAUAUUAAAAUCGUGUGAGCAUUUUCCUCCCGGAUUGCAGUGGAGCUCUGUGCAGGAAUUUCUCGCCUCAAGACUUUAAAUUUAUUCCUUAUUCUUCGGGGCACUCAGACUGAUUCUGUGUUGUUUAAGGGACAUCGACGCAGGUUUCUGUGCCACUGCUAAAAAAAAAAUGGCUUCCAGCUUGAACAGGGAAGGAUAAAGCACCAAAGCCAACCCGGAGUCUAUGGAUUAUGCUGGUUUAGUUAACAUGUUUUCAAACAAUGGAUGGCAUGAUCUGAUUCCAGGAGAUACUGAUGACAUUGUCCUGCACUUCAUGAAAGUUCAUUUCGUUAUUUGUUUGAUUCUCUCUCUCUCUCUCUCUCUCUCUCUCUCUCUCUCUCUCUCUCUCUCUCUCUCUCUCUCUCUCUCUCUCUCUCUGUGUGUUUGUUAAUUAUCACGUUGUGGGGACCAAUUGUCCCAACAAAGAUAGGAAUACCAGUUUUUUUCAGGGCUCUGAACCGGUUCAAGGAACGAAAACGAAAACCGGAAACGAACGAAAUUUUAACAGGAACAAAAACGAAAACGAAAACAAAAUCAAUUUUAAUCGUUCUGAACAGAAACGUUUAUUUAAAAUUACCAUUAACCGGUUAAUAACGUUAUUUUAUCGUUUUCUUUAAUAUUGUACUUAUCAGUGACCAAUCAUGAUUUGAACAGUACAACACGUGACUUUGACGCAUCAAGCGUGAGUGACUUUGACACAUAGCGUGAGUGAAAUGCCCGCGCAGCAGUCAUCGAGUCUCCGGCCCGAUAGCAUUUGUCUUAAAUAACCACAAAGCUACCCAUCAAAUGUUCAGAGGUAUGUUUAAGUUAAAACUUGCUUGGAAAUAUGAAGAUGCAAACUGUAACUCAAAAAAGCCAGGGGACUUAUAACUUUUUAGAUGGGUUGCCACCAAGAAAUUCCUUUUCGUUAUUAUUUUUCUUACGACAAGCUGUCUUAACAAGUCUGUCUGCAAUAUUGAAGGAUGUGGGGGAGAAGUACAGUAGCCGGGAAUCACUGAGGUAACUUACAGAGGCACAUUUAACAUAAACAUCCAGCAGAGUAUGCUGCGGUUUCAACCAGAAAAAGACAUGGUUGAAAACGGGUCGUUUUUUCAGCUGUUUAUACUUAAAAUGAAUGCAGAUAUUUCUUUUGUGGUUUUAACAAUUAAUGAAAUGUUGAAGUUUAGUUAUAUCAUGUGUUAUGUUAUUAUUUUUGUGUGAAAAUUAGUCUGGAUGCAUGCAUUUGUUAAAGUAUAGCCUGAAUUAAAAUAACGUUAUUAACCGGUAUUUUUUCUAAGUAAACCGUUUUCGGAACGUAAAUGUUCAAUGAGGAACGCAAAAACGGAAACGUUAAAAUAUCGAUUCUGCUCGGAGUGAAACGAUUGAUAAUUUUUUUCGUUUUUAAGCCCUGGUUUUUUUGUGACCUGGUGGGGACAUUUUUAGAUCCCCAUGAGGAAACAAACUUAUAAACCAAACAGAAUGAUGUUUCUUGAAAAUCUGAAGUAUCAGAAAGUUUUCUGUGAUGGUUGGAGUUAGAGUUUGGGUUAGGGGAAGGGAAUAGAAUAUAUACAGUUUGUAUGGUAUAAAAUGCAUUACGUCUAUUGAAUGUCCCCAAAAAACAUGGAAACCAGAAUGUGUGUGUGUGUGUGUGUGUGUGUGCGUGCGUGCGUGCGUGCGUGCGUGUGUGCGUGCGUACCUGGAAAUCCCUACAGUGUUGUUCCUGCUUAGAUAGGUAUACCAGUAAUUUUUUAACCUUGUGGUUUUUUGGUCCCCAUGAGGAAAAAAGCUUAUAAAUCUACCAGAAUGAUACCUUUUGAAAAUUUUAAAUAGCAGAAAGUUUCCUGUAAGAGUUAAUGUUGGUUAAGGGGUCGGGUAAGUGAAGGGGAUAAAAUAUGUGACCCUGGACCACAAACCAGUCAUAAGUAACACAGGUAUAUUUGUAGCAAUAGCCAAAAAUACAUUGUAUGGGUCAAAUGAUUGAUUUUUAUGCCAUAAAUCAUUAGGAUAUUAAAGGACAAGUUCGGUAUUUUAGACUUAAAGCCCUGUUUUCAGAUUGUUU